CUUAUUGUUACUCAUUGUUAGAUCACAUGGCCCACCUUGCAUUAACUUCACGAAUCACGGUCUCCAUUGUGUAGCACAAUUGUGAGCAAAUGACAAACUUCUUCUCCAAAGUUACAUAUGUAUAAUCAAUUGAUUAUUGAUCCAUCUAUAGCGCGCGCGUUUUAAAUUUUUGACGUUCAAAGAUGAAUACGUAGUACGUUUGUUGGUCGCCUACAUGACUUGUAAAAGAAACAGAAUACCAUCACAUUGUUCUUUGAACGCACCAAUUGAAUUAAAUGACGUCCAAGCUAAUCAAAGGUUGAAGUCACUAUUUCUAAAUACGCGUUGACUGAUGAUUACUAAUCUUCAGUCAACGAAAUACGUGCUGACACGUAUGACACAGUAAACCAAAUCGCUCCAGCUAGAAAAUAUUGUAUAGAUUCGAAUAAAUAGGAAGUCAUUUAAAACAGAAAGAUGUUGAAUUCAUUAUGCUUCAGCUUGUUCUUUGUUACGCUUUAUAACUUCCUAAUCACAGCUGAUGCACAACUGCUAUGCAGAGAUGAAGAAAAUCAGCCAGUGGACUGGUUUGUAAUGUACAAAAUCCCAAAACUCUCUGAAAGUAGUAACCCUCUAGUAAAACAGGGUGUAGCAUAUGCUUACAUGACAAGUAGCAGUGUGGGUGGUUGGAAAUUAUCUGAAAAAUCGAUUCGAUCCAAAAACUCAAUUCCUGGCAAUACCUUGGCACCUCUGUACAAAAAGAACGAUUCCAUUCUCUGGACGCUAUACAAUGAUCAACCUCCGAAUCAAGAUAGCGUACCGAAUUAUGGACAUACUAAAGGUGUGGUAAUGGCAGACAUCCAACAAGGCUUCUGGUUAGUUCACAGUGUUCCUAAAUACCCUCCAGCACCUGAUCACGGAACCAUUCCUCCAAGAGCACGAAGGGAACGAGCAGUAGAGCCAGAAUUAAUAUCAGCUCAGGGAUACAACUACCCCACAACUGGAGAACUUUACGGACAAAGCUUUAUAUGUAUUUCUGUUGAUAAAAAUCAGUUCGAUCUUAUUGGCACACAGCUGAUGUACAAUCAAAUUAUUUCGUACAAGGUCAACCUUCCAGAAACAAUUAAACUGCAAUAUACUAAUUUGACAAAAGCAGCUAAUAAAAUUCGCAUCAAACAUGCUCCUUUCAAUCAUAAGUCAUCGAUUACAUCUUUGGAAGGCACUGAAUUCUUGAUGUUUGCCAAAAGCGAUAAAUGGGGAAAAGACUUGUACGACGACUUUGUUGGACCGCAGCUUGGAUCAGAUCUUUUGACUGAAACAUGGCCCAACGGCCCUGGUAGAUUGCCUUCUGACUGCAGUGGUUCAAAAGUGAUCAACAUUAAGUCUAUUAAUUUAGCUAUAGCUGAUGUUGCCUUCAAAACAACACGCGAUCAUUCAAAAUGGGCAGUGUGUGAUAAAGGGAAAACUACCAGUAGUUGGGUUUGCAUAGGAGACAUCAACAGAGCCAGCUCUCAGCUGGAACGAGGAGGUGGUACAGUGUGUCUCAAUUCACAACGUGUAUGGCAAAGUUAUCGUAGCAUUGUCAACGAUGUAGAUGCAUGUCCAAAGAUAUGGAAUCGCUUUGUUAAGUGGGUCUCUCGUAUAUUUUAGGUUUUACUCAUCAUGAAUAACAGUGAAAAAUAAUGAAUUAUUUCUAUAAAUUGCAAUUAAUAAAUAGCUAUUUAGUUAAUGUAAA